AUGAAGCAAUUCAAACGAUUUAUUGAGCGAGAUGGGAGUGGCUAUGUCGUUCUCAUGGCAGAGGAAUCCGAGGACAUGUGGCACAUAUACAAUCUGAUACGUGUCGGAGACAUCAUAAAAGCCUCAACUAUCAGAAAAGUCGUCUCAGAAACCUCCACCGGAACCACAUCCUCUCAACGUGUGCACACAAUGCUCACAGUCUCCGUAGAGUCGAUCGAUUUCGAUCCAGGAGCCGAAGAAUUGCAUCUAAAGGGACGAAACAUUGAAGAGAAUGAUAUUGUAAAGUUGGGUGCUUAUCACACAAUCGAUUUGGAACCACAACGCAAGUUCACACUUCAAAAGACAGAAUGGGAUUCAAUAGAUAUCGAACGCCUGAACACUGCUCUCGAUCCCGCUCAAGCCGCCGACGUGGCAGCCGUCGUUCUCCACGAAGGACUCGCAAAUGUGUGCUUGAUAACGCCAGCGAUGACAUUGACACGUGCUAAAAUUGAUAUGCCGAUUCCCAGAAAACGGAAAGGAUUCACGAGUCAGCAUGAGAAAGGUCUCGAGAAGUUCUAUGAAGCCGUCAGUGUUGCAUUCAUGAGACAUGUUAAUUUGAAUAUCGUAAAAUGUGUCAUCGUAGCGAGUCGUGGAUUUGUGAAGGAUUCGUUUAUGGAGCAUCUGAUAGCACAUGCUGAUGCGAAUGGGAAGAAAUUCACUGCGGAUCAAAGAGCCAAAUUUAUGUUGACACAUUCGAGUAGUGGAUUCAAACACGCGCUGAAAGAGGUUCUGGAGACACCACAAGUUGCGGCGAGGCUGGCGGAUACCAAGGCUCAAGGAGAAGUGAAAGCACUGAACCAAUUCCUAGAGUUGAUGUCGACAGAACCCGAUCGUGCAUUCUAUGGAUACAACCACGUAAGCCGUGCCAAUCAAGAGCUCGCCAUCGAGACACUUCUCGUUGCUGACUCUCUAUUCCGUGCCGAUAAUGUCGAAACCCGUCGGAAAUAUGUGAAAUUGGUGGAAAGUGUGCGCGAGCAGAACGGCAAAGUGCACAUUUUCUCGUCGAUGCACGUCUCCGGUGAACAAUUGGCUCAGUUGACGGGUUGUGCAGCGAUUCUGAGAUUCCCGAUGCCCGAUUUGGAUGAUGAGCCAAUGGAUGACGAUGAAUAA